ACAGUAGACAGUAGCCUUAAUACAGAAAAUACUGUCAUCAAAUUUAUUUAUUUAUUUAUUGCCGAAAGGAAGAAGAUACGGCUAUCUUUCUUAUGAAAUUGCCAACGGAAAAUAAGAAAAAGGGCCGACCCAACAACCCGGUUGAAGCGAGAUAUCCGUUUUGUCGGUUUUGGAUCCAGUCACCGGUUAAACAGGAAGCAAACCCGCUCGAUUCAAUUCCCUUUUGAAACAAGGAAGAAAGAAUCUAGGGUUUGACAGCAAUUCCGAAAAUCAUCAAUAAUUAGCACCCAAAUUUUGAAUAAUUAGCAUCCUAACGGUUCAGAUUGUCGCAGCCAUGACUGAGUAUUGGGUGAGUCAGGGUAAUAAAUGGUGUGAUUUCUGCAAAAUCUUCAUAUCGAAUAACCCAUCAAGUAUUCGAAACCAUGAGCUGGGUCAACGGCACAAAGAAAAUGUUGCUAAGAGGCUUACUACUAUGCGGAAAGAGAGUGCAGCCAAAGAGAAAGAACAGAAGGAAGCGGUCCGUGCACUUGAACAAAUUGAAGCUAAAGCUAAGCGGAGUUAUCAGAAGGAUGUUGCAAAUUUUGAGGCAAGAGAUUCUAAUGCUCAAGCAUUAGAUGGUCAAGAAGACUGGGACUAUGACAGUAGUUCAGGCUAUUACUACAAUCAAAGCAAUGGUUUAUACUAUGAUCCAAAGUCAGGCUUUUACUAUUCUGAUGCUAUAGGGAGGUGGGUGACACGGGAAGAGGCAUACUCCACGACUCAAGUUUCAUCAAAUCCUAAAUCAAAAGAUCUUAGUUUGAAAAAGUCAUUUCCAACUUCAGGGGUGCGACCAGUUGCAGAAAGCAAAAGUGCUGCUAAAAGUCCAAAUGACGCUGCACCUGGGCCUGUCGUUUCAGCUUCUUUAAAUCCCAUGAGAUCUGCUAAAGGUGCUCCAUCAUCACUUGCUGUUAAGAGAAAAAGGCAAGAUGAGAAGCCCAAGGCUAUAUCUAAAGAAGAGGACGCUGCACUAAAAGCAAGGGAAGCUGCAAGGAAGAGAGUUGAAAAGAGAGAAAAACCAUUGCUUGGUCUGUACAAUGGAUCUCGCUGAUUGGGACUGGCUCAAGCAAGCAUCCUGCCUCUUCUUGAUACAAAGGGUAUGCUUCAGCAUGCUAUUCAACUUCUUUUUUCUUCUCCCAAUUUGGGAGUGGGGAAACUUAAAUUUGACCACAUUCUACAAAUGUUGAACAACAGGAUGAGCUAUAAUUGAAGUCUUGUACUCUAAUCUCUCUUUCUGCUAGAUCCCUAUUAAGAAGCUUGUGCCUUUUAACAUCUAUCCUUUUUUGUGUUCACUAUGGAAACUAAGUGUCUUAAAGGAGCAGAUGAAACAAAUUAGCUUGUAUUGUAGCCACAUAAUUGAUUGCCCAGGCUGUUUGCCUUAAUGUGUUGAUUGUAUGAUAUUUUAAGCAGGAAAUUUGGAGACAAAAUUGAACGUG